AUGUCAGCAUUAUUGCACUUUGAAGACUUCGAAUGGGCAGUGAAAUUGAAUCGUAUAAGUUUGGAAUUGAUUGGUCUCUGGCCUAAAUUAGAACAAAACUAUCGAGAGAAAGUAAUGUGUAAUUUACGCGUAUUUAUUACGUUUCUGGCAUUUUGGUUAUUAAUUCCCGCUAUACAUUCGUUAAUCAGGAUUCAUUCAAAUAUUAUGCUAACAAUAGAUAAUUUACAAUAUACUUUACCGCUGCUUAGCAGCAUUGUGCGACUUAUAAUAUUCUGGUGGAAGAAAGAAGCUCUUGUAACAAUUGUAAAUAUGAUUGCGGAAGAUUGGUUAAAAUCGAAAAGUCUAUACGAAAGGAACGUGAUGAUUAAAUGGGCGCAACGUGCACGUAUAAUUGUUAUAUGCGCAUUCUUGGUAAUGGGGAUAGCAUGCAUAAGUCUCGUCAGUACGACUAUUUUUGGAAAAUCGAUGAGAUUGACGCCGAAUAUCACUGAUCCAGGCAAACCAUUGCUUUUACAAAGCUAUUAUCUUUACGACAUAACGAAGAGACCGCAGUAUGAAAUUACAUUAAUUUUCCAAAUAAUAUCUGUCUUCAUCGUUAUUAUCCCUUAUACAGGAGUAGACACUUUUCUUGGACUGCUGGUGUUUCAUAUCUGCGGUCAGUUAGAUAUUCUGAAAAAUCAUCUUGUACAUUUACAUGAAUACAAAAAUUUUCCUGACAUAUUGAAAGACAGCGUGGUGUGCCAUAUUCGAUUGCUCAGAGCCGUUGAUAUUGUAGAAGAUGCGUAUAAUAUUAUACUCUUGGUACUCUUACUAUAUUUUGCUAUACUUUUCGCAUUUCAAGGAUUCCUACUAGUUAGUCUAUUUGACGAGGAAAAUAUACCGACCAUCCGUCUGUCAAUUCUUCUCAUCGGCAUUACAAAUAUAUUCAUUCAUAUGUCUCUUUAUUGCGCCAUAGGCGAAGUACUAAUGACUCGAUACGAUGCAAUUCAUUACGCGCUUUACAAUAAUGAAUGGUAUUUUCUGGACUCGAAGGAAGCAAAAGACCUAAUCCUUUUUAUGAUUAAAACCAGUGUACCAGUAUAUUUCACUGCUGGGAAACUAUUUCCCAUGACAAUUGCCAUGUUUUGCAGUCUAUUAAAAACGUCAGUCAGUUAUAUAUCCUUUCUGCUUACGACGAGAAAUUAACCAAAAAUGGGAAAAAAGAGUAAAAUGAUUUGUUCUUAAUAGAGUUGUUAAAAUGCAAUCAUUUAAAAAAUCUAUGUAUAUCAAAUUUAUUCUUUAAUAAAUAUAUAAUU